CACAAUAAAACCUUAAGAAAACAUUCAGAGAUGUUCAGCUGAAGUGAGACAAACCAGCUGAUCUCCAGAAACGACAGAAAGAGCUGAGGUCAGUGCUCUGGAAAGAGCUGCUGGACGGACACCAGAGGGAAACCCAGAGUAACGCUCAGUCCAAAACCUCAGCCUGCAUGGAAAACCUAGAAUCUGCUUCAAAGAGCUGCUGCCUCUGCUGGUUCUGGGUGCAGGGAAGGAGGAAGAGGGACUCGCAUGUCAGAGCUUUAGGAUGGCCAGUGAAGGCUCCACUCUCCCCAGCCCUGUGGUCCGUCAGAUCGAUAAGCAGUUCCUGAUCUGCAGCAUAUGUCUGGACCGCUACGUGAACCCCAAAGUGCUGCCCUGCCUGCACACCUUCUGUGAGAGGUGCCUGCAGAACUACAUCCCGGCCCACAGCCUCACACUGUCGUGCCCCGUGUGCCGCCAGACCUCGAUCCUGCCGGAGAAGGGUGUGGCGGCAUUGCAGAACAACUUCUUCAUCACCAACCUGAUGGACGUGCUGCAGCGGGAGCCGGGCAGCUGCAGCCAGGAGGCCGCCGUGCUCAACAACAUCACCGCCGUGGCUACAGGCCAGCUGCUCUCCUGCCCCAACCAUGGAGGCAACGUCAUGGAGUUUUACUGUCCUCCAUGUGAGACAGCCAUGUGUGGGGAGUGCACCAGCGGCGAACACGGAGAACAUCCGACCGUUCCUCUGAGAGACGUGGUGGAGCAGCACAAGGCCUCGCUACAGGACCAGCUGGACGCCGUCAAGAAGAGGUUGCCGGAGAUCGACUUGUCCCUGCAGAUGCUGUCGGAGAUCCUGCAGCAGCUGACCGGUCAGAAGAGCUCCAUCGAGGAUGACAUCCACAGCACGUUCGACGAGCUGCAGAAGACCCUCAACGUCCGCAAGAGCGUUCUGCUCAUGGAGCUGGAGGUCAACUACGGCCUCAAGCAGAAGGUGCUCCAGGCCCAGCUGGACACCCUGAUGCAGGGUCAGGAGGGCAUCAACAGCAGCUGUAACUUCACGGAGCAAGCCCUGAGCCACGGCUCCGAGGCCGAGGUGCUGCUGGUGAAGAAGCAGAUGAGCGAGCGCCUCAACGAGCUGGCCAGCCAGGACCUCCCUCUGCAGCCCGGGGAGAACGACCAGCUGGACUUCCUCGUGGAGACGGAGGGGCUGAAGAAGUCCAUCCACAACCUGGGCACCAUCCUAACCACCAACGCGGUGGCCUCCGAGUCUGUGGCCACAGGGGAGGCCUUACGGCACUGUGUGGUGGGCGUGCCCACCUCCAUCACUGUUACCACUAAAGACAAAGAUGGAGAACUGUGCAAGAUGGGUAACGCGGUCAUAACUGCAGAAAUCUCCUCAACCGAUGGCAGCAAAGGUGAAGGAGAGAUACUGGACAACAAGAACGGCACUUACGAGUAUCUGUUCACUGCCCCGAAAGAGGGUAGUCUGAACUUAUCGCUGCGCUUGUACGACCAACACAUCAAGGGAAGCCCCUUUAAGAUCAAGGCCACCAAGUCCAUCGACGUGUCACCGACUUCAGACGGCGUGAAGAAGAGGCUGAAGUCCCCGGGCAGUGGGCACGUCAAGCAGAAGGCCAUCAAGAGGCCGGCCAGCAUGUACAGCACCGGGAGGAGGAAAGAGAAUCCCAUCGAGGAUGACCUCAUCUUCAGGAUCGGUACCAAAGGGAGAAACAAAGGCGAGUUCACGAACCUGCAGGGAGUCACCGCCUCCUCUCUGGGGAAAGUUCUGAUCGCAGACAGCAACAACCAGUGUGUCCAGAUUUUCUCCAACGACGGCCAGUUCAAAAGUCGUUUCGGUAUCCGGGGCAGGACGCCGGGUCAGCUGCAGCGGCCGACGGGUGUGGCCGUCCACCCGAACGGUGACAUCAUCAUCGCCGACUAUGACAACAAGUGGGUCAGCAUCUUCUCAAGUGAGGGCAAGUUUAAGAACAAGAUCGGCUCGGGGAAGCUGAUGGGCCCUAAAGGCGUGUCGGUGGACAAGAACGGCCACAUCAUCGUGGUGGACAACAAGUCGUGCUGCGUCUUCAUCUUUCAGCUCAACGGCAAGCUGGUCACCAAGUUCGGUAACCGUGGCAACGGCGACCGGCAGUUUGCAGGUCCUCAUUUUGCUGCCGUCAACAAUAACAAUGAAAUCAUCGUGACUGAUUUCCACAAUCACUCAGUGAAGGUGUUCAACACAGAAGGAGAGUUCUUGUUGAAGUUUGGUUCUAACGGGGAAGGAAACGGCCAGUUCAACGCACCCACAGGAGUGGCAGUGGAUGUUAAUGGGAACAUUAUAGUAGCAGACUGGGGCAACAGCAGGAUUCAGGUGUUUGACGGCAGCGGCUCGUUCCUCUCGUACAUCAACACGUCGGCGGACCCUCUGUACGGCCCCCAGGGUCUGGCCCUCACCUCCGACGGACACGUGGUGGUCGCAGACUCUGGCAACCACUGCUUCAAGGUCUACCGCUACCUGCAGUAGCCCUUCUCUCCUUGUGACACACAAACCGCACACCUGUACAGAAACACACACGUACACACAUAGUAGUAGUACGGAGCAACCGGCACAUGUUGCACUCACCCAUUCCUCCUUGAGUCGUGCUGUCGUUGUCUGUCUGACUGUUCUCCACGUGUGGCGUCCUCUUUGACCCCGAGGACACAAAACAGAGAGGGUUUCUGUGUGAUGAUGUGAAUGAAGCAAGAGGAUCUGUCCCUGACGGAGGUGUCACACAUUCAGCCGUGUUCACAUCCCAUCUUACCCACAGCUGAACAAUAAAGCUUUAGUACUGUACAUAAUGUUAGAUCUUUGAUUUGUUGUGAUAUGGAAGGAAAACUGGAAAAAUGAUGCUGUUGCACUUGUUCCGAGACACAAAAACUAGUUGGGCACUGUUUUAAGUGAAAUUGAAAUUAAAGCAAAGAAAAUCACCUGGAAAUCAAUGGGAAAACUAUUUAAAGUUUCAGUAACUGCAGCUUCCUGUUUAAAUGCUCCUCACAUUUUGCCUGUUUCACUAUAUAAAAUAAAAGAUAUUCCAGCAGCUGUAGGUUGCCGGGUAUUUUCCAGCAUGAUUAGGCAUCUCUGUGCAUGCUAAUAUCACUAAUUAACACCUGAAAAGCUACUGUGCACAAUUAAAGCAGACACUUAACAACGUCAACAAAAUAAACUUUAAAUAGAGGCACUUUUUCAACUGCAAUACUUCUGUCUGUGUGAAAAUGACGAGUCAGUGUAAUUUUCAUCACUUUAAAUGAACCAUAAUGAUUCCUGCUUAUUUGGGUUUUACAAAAACACAGGGUUUGUGUGUGUGCAAGAUACGCGAGAGUAUGUGUGUGUGUGUUGUGAUAAAUGAAAGUACCACACAUGCUGCGUAAGAAGCCUCUUGACAUUACGACUUACGCAAUCUGCUGUGAUUAAGUGCAUCAUUUUAGGAUUUGCUGCAGAAUUAUAGUAAAUUGCUGAAGUGCUGAAAAUAAACUCAGUAGUAUGAGUCAGUCCUCACUCACAGGGUUUGCUCAUCGAGCUGCAGUGUACGUCACACAACCUCAAGAACAAAAAACUUUGUGGAGGCAAUUUGUAGUUCAACAGUCGAGGUGUGUGUUGUGAAAACCCACUGUGCUGCUAUUUGAACGCCUUGAUCCCAAACUGUUUGUCUUUUACACAAAGUUUUCAUCAGGUGUCCUGAAUUUGGUCUUUCAUUUUCUACACAAUUGUGUUAAAUUAUUUGUUUUCCAUUGUCUUGUUUGUAUUUGUAAUGCCAAAUGGAAUUAAAGUGCCCAUAGAAAAGA